UUUUAUUUAGUUGCUGUCGGUAUUUACUAGUGCAAAGUAGCCUGUGCAAGUGCAGGCAAAGUCGCGGUCGUUGUCGGUUUCCGGGUCGCAGUUGAUAUAUAUGUGUGUGUGUGCGUAUUUGCGAGUUCACGCCUGUGACAACAUAAAAUCACGUGUAUAAAGGCAGCAUUUAUUUACUAUUUGCCCAUAGUGAGGAGCAGUCGCUGACUGCUCUGCUGUGCUAUUCUUUACAGGUGCCUUCGCCGCUAGCAACAACAACAGCGACAAUAAGCACGGUUUUUGUUUGCCGUUAUUUGCCGCCCGCAGCCGACGACGCCAGCAGCGCAACACACACACACGCACAAAAGACAAUGAUGGCAAAAAGCGAUAAGGAAAUACUGGCCAAUUCCAUGUACGAGGAUGAUCCCAAUGGCAAUUCAGCACCCACAGCACUGCAUCAGGAGGAGGAGGAGAAGGAGAAGAGGCAAACGACGGCAAAUGAUGCAUCCACAGAGAGCACUAAAACAGUUCCGGCGGCAGCGGCAGUGACUUCACCACGUUGGGGCCCUCAAAACAAAGGUGCACAGGAGCUGGCAUCACUCUAUAGUCCAGGUAAACGUGCACAGGAAAUCAUUUGUGUUUACACCUGCAUCGGCCUGAUGAUCAUCAAUUUGGCGCUGAUUGCGAAACACAUGCGUUUGGAGCGUAUCAGCGUGGCCUUCAUCUCCGCAUUGGGUGGCAUUAUAACAGCCGAUUUUGCCUCCGGACUGGUUCAUUGGGCAGCAGAUACCUGGGGCUCUGUCGACUUACCCAUAAUUGGAAGGAACUUUUUGCGACCCUUUCGUGAACACCAUCUCGAUCCGACUUCAAUAACACGUCAUGAUUUCAUUGAGACAAACGGAGAUAACUUUAUGGUUGGCAUUCCCAUACUUGGCUAUUUGGCGCACUAUUUUUAUAUAAAAACACCGUACGAAAUUCAACAGAAUUUCGGCUGGAUUGCCUAUGUAUUUCUAUGCUCCAUAUUUGUGGCUAUGACGAAUCAGAUACACAAAUGGUCGCACACGUAUUGGGGCCUGCCACGGUGGGUACUGUUGCUGCAGAGCUGUCACAUCAUUUUGCCGCGCAAGCAUCAUCGCAUUCAUCAUGUAGCGCCGCAUGAGACGUACUUUUGCAUUACCACCGGCUGGCUAAAUUGGCCACUGGAGCAGCUUAGAUUUUGGUCAACCUUUGAGUUUAUUAUUGAACGCUUAACAGGCUUAAAGCCGCGCGACGAUGACAUGAAAUGGGCAAAGAAACUCACAUAGCUAUGCUUUCCCAAUUGUAUAUAGAAGAACUUGGACCAAGCAGCGUUAAAUAAGAAGCUUUGCCACUUAUAUGAAACAAAACCACGGGAAAAAAAACUCUUGAGAGCAACAAAAGUAAUUUGUUACAACCCUUUUUUUUAUUUUCCGCAACCAAAAAAUAUUAUAUAGAAAUA